AUGUUGAAACUCCUCAAAAACUUGUACAAAGCCGAUCCUAACAUUUUAAUGUGCUGUAAAAACAUUUCACACUUGUAUGUUCUGUGGCAAAAAUACACUUCUCAGAGCGUAGAAAUGUCUUAUGUAAUGGCUUCUUUUAAUGUCCCAUUGCAGGUGGUGAGGAUGUCGCCUGCCGAGCAGCUUCGCUUGGUCGGGGGAUCGGAUGCCUACCAGUUGGCGGCGAGCACUGGAGGCGGAGGAGGCUCCUCCAGGGGCGGUGGAUCCGGAGGCGAUGCUGCGGGCGGCGGUGACGCCAAGCUGAACGACAAGUAUGCGAUGGCCUUGGCCCACUUCCUCGACUUUCAGUUUCUGUGCUUCUUUCUGCCCAUGCUACAGAAUGACAAGUGGAUCCUAACUCAAGCAAGUGAUUCAUGGUAUUGUUUAAUCAAAUCAACAAUAUCGAUUGCAGCGACGGGGGGAAACGCUGAUGAUGGGCCGACUCGUCUCGAAGCUACUCGACGGCCCAGUUCCAGGGAAGUCCGCUGGCGAUAA